AUUUGCUUCCAGGAUGCUCACAACAGCACAAACAUACUGAUGAGUUGCUUUAGAAGACGGUGAGAUAAGAAAGGAGGCUUUUUUAUGAAACAGGAUCCAAUGGUCCAGCUCCCACGGACAGGCGACCAGAUGUAGUGCAUUCUAUGCACAUUUGAAAAUGUAGGCUAAGAUGCCGUGUCUUUCGUAGGCGCCUUCGGUUACGGAACUGCAGCGACGAGGUUCUUCAAAAAUACAGUUUAUUCCAGAACACCGUCUCCGUCUCCGUUCGGUACAUAAUCUACCGGCGUUCUUGGCGGUUGUGAUUGGCUGCUGUGAUUGCCUUCUGUGAUUGGCUGUUGAGCGGCAAUGGUGUCGGAAGGUUACCCUGGCGAAGACGGCAUCUCUUCGUCAACGACGCAUCGGCGAAAUGUUGCACUGCUACAUAAAUUCGCCUGUAAAAAAGAGGUCGCAAAGUUACCCGAUAAACCAGACCAACAAGCCUCCGCCUUAGCAGCAGCUACAGGAGCUGAUGCAGGAGAUUCGAGAACGCCGCGAUUAGUAGCGUCACACGACGCGUCAGGUCGUCCCCGCGUCUCGCUCUUAACUACAUUCAUUGUCCUUUUCGGACCGUCGCUGAUUCUCCUCGCUAUUCUCAAUAUCUCCGCCGGCUACGACCGCCAGAAGCUCCUCCGCCAGUCUAGCGCGGAGUUCGCCCGGAAGCAACUUCUCCGCCAGCAGCGCGGACAUUUCGCCGCUGGCAGGGUGAAUGACGGCGGGAUUGGGGGAAAGGCUUCCGGAGUUCCCGCUCAGCGCGGACGCGCGCAAAUGGCGGGGGGAGGACCGGGGGAGGGGGUUUAGGGGGAGCGGGGGUCAGGCGGAGGUCAUUUCUUUCCCCCGCGCCUCAGGGGAAGCUGAAUGAGGGGCUCUGGCGGCAGGCGCAGAAGCAAGGAGUGUUCCUGCCAGGGCAACCAGAGGAGCUCAAUACAAGGAAACUCGAGUACAGAACAGAUGCUGACCUGGACGGUGGUAACAUGCGCCACAUAGGAUCGAUCUCCAACCCCUGCCUCACCAAGCGGCCGCUGCUGCAGCGGGCCUAUCAGGAGCCACCACCUGUCUCGGGUGCUCCCAUUGGCCAGCACCGGUUCGUCAUGGCGGGUGGCUACCGCAUUUCCCGUAACCAGUUUGCUGCUUUGGGGCACUCGCUGCGAGAACUGAAGGAAGAGGGAGGAAGUGGGGCAAGCAAGUGUUACUGGAUGGCAUUGGACGGGGGCUAUGCAGAGGGCAAAGUGAGGGUGAUUUACCCUGCGGAGCACCACUGGCUGCUGUACGAGACAGCAAUUUACGAGUGUACACUAUUGGUCAACAGCACAGGGAUGACAGGGGGUUCUGCGAUCCUCAUGCUAGACGAGCAGGCGGUGCUGAUGCACCAGGAAGGGCCGGAUGAGUUUGCCAUCGACGCCCCUCCGCCCUACCACCUCGCCUUCUGCUCGUACCCCAUGUACCACGAUCUCAACCCGAAGACCAUCCAGGAGUGGUUACAGGUAGCCAUGCAUUACUUGAGAGUGGAGUACUUUGUGCUCAACGAUGGCGCAUCUGUUGUGGAAGACGUUUAUGAGGUGUUGGAGCCAUACGUGGCAGCGGGGAUAAUGGAGAUACUAGACAUGAGGGGCGGGUACAAGUUCGAGUCCAAGCAGAACGUUCUUAUACUGAAUAACUGCCUCUAUCGAAUGAAAUAUGUCUCCGAGUGGCUGCUGUUUGCCGACUUCGACGAGUUUCUUUACAUCCAGCCGCCCCAAACCCUUCGAGGGCUUUUGGGCGAGCACCCCGAUGCGCCCUAUUUCACCUUCGGCAGCCUGUGGUGGUCAAUCGAGCACUGCCGCCCCCAGCCUCCAUCGGAGCACUUCUAUCUCGAGCGGUUGCCCUUCCACUGGCCACACAUCUACUGCAUAGGGCCCAAGGAUGCGGGGCACGAGGAGGCUAGAUGCAUUAAUUACUUCGGGCACCGGAAAGUAAUCGCCAAUACACAGCUCGUCAAGGCCAUGCAGGUGCAUCGAACAAUAGAGCCAGUGGAUAAUGGUGUAGACCUGAAUGCAUCAACUGGCCAUCUACUGAACCACUUUCAGGGGCUACUUCGAGGCGAUAUAAAGAUGUGUGAUAAGGUGUUCCCUUCUAAUAGCAGCCCGGAGUGGUAUAUAGAAGACUGGCAUUUGGCCGAGAUGUCCAAGCAAGCUAGACUUGUUGGACCUCCUAGAACAAUUUUAUAUUGAAGAUGUUCCCAAUUUCGAAAUCAAGAAACUCGGACUUGUACACGGAGUGUACACGUACCUUGGCGAAUACUUA